AUGGUUCUUGCAGCAUUGAUUGAUGUAGCUCUUAUUUUGCUUAGAAUAUUGUUGAGUAUUGUCAUAUCAAUACUCAGAUGCUUUAUUCCUGCUCCUAAAAAAGAUGUUAAAGGCAAAAUUUUCUUAAUUACCGGCGGAGCCAGUGGCUUGGGCAGAUUAAUGGCUACAAAAUUUGCUGCUUUAGGAGGAAUUAUUGUCAUUUGGGACAUCAAUGAACAGGGUAAUAAAUCGAUACAGUCGGAAAUUCGAGCUGCUGGUGGGACUGCAUACACCUAUAUAGUUGAUAUUUGCAACAAAGAUAAAAUUUACGAAGCGGCCGACUUGGUUAGAAAGGACGUGGGAGAUGUGGACUUUUUAAUCAAUAAUGCUGGUAUCGUUAGCGGUAAAAAAUUAUUAGACUGCAGUGACAACAUGAUAUUAAAAACCAUGCAGAUAAACAGUAUUGCGCAUUUUUGGACUACAAGGGCUUUUCUACCAAAAAUGAUGGAGAAGGAUGAAGGUCAUAUUGUUACAAUUGCAUCAACAGCAGGAUUCUUUGGAGUUAAUCGAUUGAUCGACUACUGUACGUCUAAGUUUGCCGCGGUAGGUUUUGAUGAAUCUUUGCGUGAUGAGCUAAGAAUUGCACGGUCCAAAGUAAAUACAACGGUUAUUUGCCCAACUUACAUCUCUACCGGAAUGUUUGAAGGCUCUAAGUUUAGAUUUCAGUCGUUAAUGCCUGUAUUGACACCAGAAUGGGUUACCGACCAAAUUGUUGAUGCAGUUUUAAGGAAUCAGAAAAUGUUAUGUUUACCGAGAACGAUACCUAUUAUGAUAUUUCUAAAAGGGCUUUUACCAAUUGAAGCAACAGAAGCAUUUUCUGACUUAGUUGGAGGUUCCCAAUCUAUGGAAGACUUCGUCGGCCACACUUCAGCUACUAAAAAGUCCUCUUAA